CUAUGUCUAUUGACACUUGUGAGUUAUGAAAUAUUCGUUUGGUAUAGCAAAAAUAUGAGUAACUUACUCCACAAGUCUGAAAGGAUGUUUAUACAUCCCUGACAGAUGAGGAAGGGACUUUUUCCAUUCACUUCAUACAUUUAACAUUCUCAUGGGACUGUGGCAGACUGAGUGAGGGAUGAACCUCAGUCGAAACUUUAUCUGCAGUGAGGUAGUCCAUGUCACUCAAGGCGCAUUCCAUUGACUGAGAGGUGUUUUCACCAAGCUACAUACCCUGCAUAUUCUACCGAACACGUACUGUAGUAGACUUAAACAAGGAUCUGCUUAUGUUUGAGACAAACUGUUAUUGAAACUGGGAAAUACUCUGCUGUGCUUCAACGAAACUUUCAUACAGUUAAACAAAAUAUUAUAGGAACACGGGGAGAAUGGAUCACGCGCAACGAAAGUCUGAUGAAUUUGCUUUACAAGAGGUGUGACACAUUGAAGUGAGUUCGACAUGGCAUGCUGGAAAUGGUGCCGUCGGACCUGGGUUUGUUGCCUGGACGAUGAAGAGAGGAGGAGCAUUGCUAUUGACAAGGAGAUUCAGAAGAUUCUCCGACAGCAGAAGAACAGAGAACGCAAAGAAAUCAAAGUUCUUUUACUCGGCACAGGGGAGAGUGGGAAAACCACCUUCAUCCGACAGAUGAGGAUCAUCCAUGGAAGAGGCUUCUCUGAGGAGGAAAGACAGGACUUUGCCAAGCUCAUCUACCAGAACAUCUUCACGGCUGUGAAAGCUAUGACCCGGGCCAUGAUCACCCUCAGACUGCCCUAUGCCUACCCAGAGAAUGAGAUGUAUGCCAGGUGGGUGCAGGAUGUGGACACAGUGCAGGUCAUCCAGCUGGACCGUGGCUUUGUGGACGCUAUCCGCCAUCUAUGGGCCGACCCAGGCCUCCGGGUCUGCUACAGCCGCCGCAGCGAGUAUCAGUUGCUGGACUCCACAGAGUAUUACAUGACCAAUCUGGACCGCAUAUCUGCCCCAGACUACAUCCCCACUGCUCAGGACGUGCUGCGGGUACGAUUCCCCACCACUGGCAUCCAUGACUACUCCUUCACCGUAAAGACCAUCACACUCAGGAUUGUGGAUGUGGGUGGACAGAAGUCAGAGAGGAGAAAGUGGAUCCAUUGUUUUCAGGAUGUGACGUCCCUCAUUUUCCUGGCUUCCCUCAGCGAGUACGACCAGGUCCUGGAGGAGAGAGAGACUGAUCAGAAGCGUAUGGAUGAGAGCUUGGCUUUGUUCUACACCACCAUCCACUCCCCCUGGUUCCUCAACACCUCCAUCAUCCUCUUUCUCAACAAGACAGAUAUCCUGGCUGACAAGAUCCAGGCAUCCGACCUGCAGAAGUACUUCCCAGGGUUCACAGGAAAGCGACGUGACGCUCAGGAUGCUAUGAAGUACAUCCAGAAGAUGUAUGAGCAGCAGGCUCACAGCCGGGACAAGAAGGAAGAUAGCAAGACGCUGUACCCCCACUUCACCUGCGCCACCGACACCAACAACAUCCGCAAAGUGUUCAGUGACGUCAAGGACACGGUGCUCCUCAAGUCUCUCAUGGAGUUUGGGGUGAUCUGAGGGCCUGGGGACCCACCUACCUAUGGGGCCACACUCAACCAACAACCACUCAGGGCAGAAGAGGCUCUCCCUCAGUCCCUCCCUUGCUCAGUUUUCUCCUCUCUCAAUCUCAGCUCCAAUGGGGAUGCUCUCGGGCCAAACCUUCUUAUUGCAGGAAGGAAUCUCUACCUGGAGAGCAGAACAGAAUGGAGGGACUCCUAUGACUCCUGUAUCACUAACCUGUUUUACACACACAUACACACACACACACACACACACUCUGGUUGUCAUUUUAUAAUGUUGUGUGUAAGGGCGUGGAGAUGUAGUGGCUCUACUAGUGGUUGAAACUGGACUAGAGAUGUCAUGAAGUGCUGUGUCUCCAUUAUGUGAGUGAUGACUUUAGCUGGUGGAGAUGAGAACUCUAUAUCCCUACCACAACCCUGUUGAUAGAAAAUGCCUCUAGAGAUCACUACAAAAGAUUCAACUCUAUCUGUGUGUUGAAUUAACACUACUGUACACAUGCGUUGUAGCCAUUACAUAACCAGUUCACACCUAUGAGAAGUAGCCACCAAUGAAGGCUUGUGUCACAUUUUGUGUUUGGUUGGUCUUUUAAUUGGUUUGCUUGGUUGACACCUGUAUAUGUUGUCGCUGGGUCUCAGGUGUGAGAUGUGAGAUGUGAUGCAGGCGAGAAAUGUGGGAUUUGAGGCGUUUACUACAGCUGUGAUCGAUAAGGUGUCAGAAAUCACUUGAUGUCAUAACGGGUUCCCCUGAUACAGUGUGUUAUGGAAUGCAAUGCUGUUUGGUUUUUGGUGGAUACUUUUGUUUAGUCUCUUCCCCUAAUGUGCCUGCCUUACGACCAGUCACUCACUAACUCACCUGCUAUACAUUGAGUUCAUAUGGGAACAACAACGCCGGUGAAUGUAUACAUUAACCAACAAAUGAGAGUGCUUAAGAGCAGCAGCCAAGUACAGGGUUAUUACUAGCUGGCAGGCAUGCUGAUGCUAAAGCUGAAAUGUAAUAAAAUAUCUCAUUAAAUUCCUAGGACCCUGUUAGGACUGCUAUUAGGUGGCUCAGAGAGGCCAGUUAAGAGGAACGCCUGGCAUCGCGGGUGGUUCAAGUCUUGCCACUGUCUGAUAGCUCUAAAAAUCAACAUGCAGUUCUGAUGUGAAUGGUUGUAGGCUUUAGGCUACGGUAGGGCUUUGAUUUGAGCAGUGGAGUUUUUUGUGCUUCGCUGCAGAGUGGCAUGAAAGGUUACACAGCAAACAAGGAUUUAAUCAUUGUGUCAAGACUAUAAACAACAACUCAUUAUUCAUAGUUGGCUUGCCCUUUUACUCUGGUCCCCUAUCAAUAUUUAUGUUCAGUCAAUAUUUAGUUUAGCAGGCUCAGGCUGUGCUCAACUUGUUUCAUGUUCAGUAGCAUUUUAUAUUAGAUUCUAUAUUGGUGUAAUUUAAGCGAUAUGGCCUCUAUAAAUAUGAGUGAGUGGAGCAGGAUGGAGUCUGUCAGAUAAUACAGGCGAUAAUAUUUUUGACCUGUGUGCGUCACUAAAGCAGAGGAUGAGUGUGUCAGUGGAAAAGGACUUCAAAGACAGAUUAAAACCUCUUCCAUUAAAUUGAAGUCAGUAAUAACAAAUUGCAGGCAUAGAUCAUACAAUAUGCAUCGAAUUUAUUCAGGUUUGAGAAGAUUGCUUUGCUGCAGUGUGAAGAAUGCGUUGUUGUUUUUUACUCAAAAACAUUUUUGGUAAAGGACUUGGGUCUGAAUGUGCAUCUAAAUGUAUAGCUAUAUUUCCUUGUAGAACUGAACAUAGGCUCUGAUGAAUUAUUAAUUGUAUUCAGCUUAUUGUUAUAUUAGACCACCUCAUUAACAGCUAGUGUGACAGGUGAUGCACUGUAUAUAUUACAGACUAACAACUCUUAUUUGGUGCAAAUAUUUUGUAUAGAUUUGGGAAGAAAUUGGGGAAAUAUUUUCUAAUUAAAGUUGUGUUUUGAAAAAGA